GUCCUUGUUCCAUGGAAUUCUGUGCUUCUAUUUUCUGUCUCAUUUGCGUGCGUUUUCUCAAUAUGCAACGGUAAAGACAAGAAACCAAACGCAGAGCCCCCAUCAAAAGCUAGCCAAACAAAACACUUGAUGCUGAUUGUUCACUCACUCAAUUUCCUUCUCUCCCUCUUAUAUUUUCUCUCCUCUUCAUCCCAUUCUCUCCUUCGCUUUCCUGCAUUUUCUGGGCGGAUUUUGCAAGAAAGUUAGUUUUUCUAAAUGGACGGCGGUGAAAGUUUAUCAGAUUUCGAAGCCCACUUCGCCGGCGAAGACAUCUUCAGCAUCCUUAAAAGUUUGGAGAGCGAUGAGACUAGUAAUAUUCCUCCGGUGGACGAAUUAUUGGCUUCUCAGAAACCAAUAACUACUUGUUCAAGUGAUCAUCUGGCUGAGCUCGAAGAAGCUGUAGCGCCAAAGAGAAAGAGGCAGAAGCUUUCAUCAACAGAGGAAGCCAACCUGCAGCGGGAGGAUCAGCACGUCCAGCAAAGGAUGGCUCACAUAUCGGUGGAGCGCAACCGGAGGAAGCAGAUGAACCAGCAUUUGUCGCUUUUGCGCUCUCUUAUCCCUGCCUUUUAUGUCCAAAGAGGAGACCAAGCAUCAAUAAUAGGAGGGGUUGCGGCUUACAUAACAGAGCUGCAGCAAGUCCUACAGUCACUAGAGGCCAAGAAGCAAAGGAAAUUAGCUUACCGUAAAUUGGUUCUUAGUCCGAGACUAAAUAAUAUUGUUUCUAAUAAUUAUUCCCCAGUACUUAGCCCCAGAAAACCACCUCUAAGCCCUAGAGUACUCAGCUUGCCCAUAAGUCCAAGAACCCCACAGCCCACCAGCCCUUACAAGACUAGGCUGCAGCAAGGCUACCACCUUAGUUCACCAUUGCCAUCUCCUUCUCCUUCUUCUUCUUCUUCUUCUUCUUCUUCUUCUUCUUCUUCUUCUUCCACUUCCUCCAUUAAUGACAGCGCCAACGAGCUCGCUGCCAACUCGAAGUCCGCCAUUGCUGUUGUUGAGGUCAAGUUUUCAGGCCCAAAUGUUCUUCUCAAGACUGUUUCUCCCCGGAUUCCUGGACAAGCGGCGAAGAUAAUAGCAGCCCUCGAAGGUCUGUCGCUUGAAAUCCUCCAUGUCAGCAUCAGCACCAUUGAUGAGACCACGCUGAAUUCAUUCACCAUCAAGAUUGGAGUGGAAUGCCAGCUUAGCGCCGAGGAACUCGCUCAACAAAUUCAGCGAACUUUCUGCUAA